CAACACUUGAAUCUAUUCGCAUCUUCAGACUUCCGCCAUCAUCUUGGAAAACUCUCCGUCUUCGUGAUCUCUUCCACUGAUUCAAUGGCGGCGAGGAUGCCCGGUGUGAUCGCCUUGUUCGACGUCGAUGGAACCCUCACGGCUCCGAGGAAGGCGGCUACUGGAGAGAUGCUCGAAUUCAUGCGCGAUUUGCGUAAGGUUGUGACUGUUGGAGUGGUUGGUGGAUCUGAUCUUAGCAAGAUAUCCGAGCAGCUCGGAAAAUCAGUCAUUCACGACUACGAUUACGUCUUCUCUGAGAAUGGCCUUGUUGCCCAGAAAGAUGGGAAACUUAUCGGGAAAGAGGAUCUGAAGCAGUUCCUUGGAGAAGAUAAACUCAAGGAAUUCAUAAAUUAUACCCUGCACUACAUUGCAGACCUAGACAUCCCGAUCAAAAGGGGCACGUUCAUAGAGUUUCGGAAUGGAAUGCUCAAUGUGUCGCCAAUUGGUCGCAACUGCAGCCAAGAGGAAAGAGACGAGUUUGAGAAAUACGACAAGAUUCACAAUAUACGCCCGAAGAUGGUGGCUGAACUUCGUCAGAAGUUUUCACAUCUUAAUCUCACUUUCUCCAUAGGAGGACAAAUAAGCUUCGAUGUCUUCCCUAAGGGUUGGGACAAGACAUACUGCUUGCAAUAUCUCAAGGAUUUCAAUGAAAUUCACUUCUUUGGUGACAAAACUUACGAGGGAGGAAACGACUAUGAAAUUUACGUGUCGGAAAUAACAAUUGGUCAUACAGUUACGACCCCGGACGAAACAAUGCAACAAUGCAAAGCUCUGUUUAUGUCUUGAAAACACCAUCCCAUGAACAAACAAACACCAUCCCGGUGAAAAACCGUUCUGCCGGCAAAUUUUCAGAACAUGUACUUGUUUUCUCAUGUAAUUUAAUUUUGAUUACUGCAGACUUCUCAAAUUUGGAUUCGGAACCAAAAGAAAGAUUCCCAAUAUCUAUAUAAGACUGAUAUAUGUUA